AAUCUUAAUCACCGGAGAUCGCGGCAAAUCUCUCUGUCUGGGCUGGUCCACGCCUUAAUCCUCUUAAUCUUGCCCACCGCCAUAUGCCGCCUCUACUAAUAGUGUUGUUCCUGAUUUAAUAACCCAAUCUAUGCUGUAGAAUAUGGUGACAAUUUUUAUUGCCCAUUUUUAUAUUGAUUACCACCCAUAAUGCAACAAGCCCCCAGCAUAACCCUAAAUUUUUUAAAUGAGGGGGUUUACCGAGAGUUGUUGUCUGUUUGCGGAUUUGAUCACAUGGGUGAAGCAAGGUAAUGGAAGAUAAAACUGGGUGUGGAUUCCUUUUGGACGCAGUGUCAUGAGCAGUGAAAAAUGUGAGAAGUUGGAAGAAAGGGGCAGAAGAUGAGGAAAUCACUUUGUUUUGUAGUGAAAGCAGACAAAAUUGGGGGUAUCUGGCUCUGGUGGACGCGGAGGGUGACAUAGAGGUGGAAAGGUCUCCACGCCAUCUCUAUGUGUGCACUGUUGUUUCAGGGUUCCAGCUCACACCUCUUAUGGGUUUCCUCAAAUGAAAAUGCUCCUAAAGAUCUCCAUUUAAUAUUUUUUUUCCCCAUCCACUUCUCCAUUUCCAAUGCCAAAUUGCUUAUGUUGGCCACUGUGUGGAGUGAUUUUUCAUUUUUUUUUCUCCCAAAGUUACGAUUUUGGUUGGGUUGGGGUUUCACAUUGAAGUAUCAGCUCGUAUGAGUUGAUGAUAAUUAUUGAGAACUAGGUGGGGUUUGUCCUGGGUUUCAACUUGAAUUCAAUAGGGCCCUCUUAUUGACUUGUGCUUUGUUAUCAAAUUCCUUUCUAGAUGCCCUUUCUUUGCUUUUUUCCCUUAAAAAAAUGAAUAGAAUGGAUUUGGCAGGUCUAAUGAGAAAAGGCAUAGUGGGCACACAUUUUUUUUUUUGGGAUGAAGGAGUAGAAGCAUGUGUUGCACACAUGGUUUGUUGUCCCAAUUUGCAUUUAAAUAGGUUUUGGAAGCGAGUUACAAGGUAAUCAUGCUUCCCUAACCACAAUCCACUUUUCCCCUUUCUUUACUUCAUCUUUGAACUUUGAAAGCAUACAGGGUUGGAUCGAUUGGAUUAAGAUCCAAAUUCACCAAUGAUCUAUGACUAAAUUUUGUUCAUCCCCAUAGCUUUUUAUUAUAUGCAUUUUGAUUUGAAUGCUAAAUAAUAUAAACAAGAUUCCCAAAUCUUGUAAUGAUUGUCAACUGAUGGGUGGUGAUUGGAUCCAUUUUAUUUUAUUGACUUCCACCCAAUUUUAUUUUAUUUUUUUUUUAAGAAAAAGGGGUUAUACUUACAACAUUCUCAUCAAAUUAACUUUCUAAAUUACUGACAUUAUAAAAGGGCAAAGGAAGAGGUUAAACUUAAGGUGGGGAUGAGGAUGUAGAGGAAGAAUGGAGAAAGUGGGGGGGAUGGACGAAAACAAACAAGAGGCAAAUAGGGGAGGUCCCACCACAUGGCCUUGAUGAAAGCCAAAAUCUCCAACUCUUUAGGCCGCAAAAAACACCGCUUCCUCAUUCCCACACCCUUAACGCCCGCACCCCUACCCGUACCGUUCUACCCUCAAAACUUACACAUCAAAGCUUCCGCUCGCCUCUUUCUUCUUCCUGCCCACUCUUCCCCUUUUUAUUACCACCAUCUUAUUAUUCUUCUUCGUACCUCUCUUCAUACCUUAAAAAUAUAUACAUAGGAGGAGAAAAGCGCUCUUUUUUGAGUUGGGAGGCGAAAGAUGGGUCUGCAGAGCCAGCUGAACGAUGUCUCAUCCGAUUCGAUCCCUCUACUUCUGGUGGCAAUCAUCGCCAACUGCGUAGCUUAUAUUCGGUCCUUGCUUUUGGGGUUAUUUCAGUCCAUGGGCCUCUCUCGAUUCGAUGCGGAUGAAGUGGAGGAUGGGCUACUGGGUGCUGUGGGCUCCGGUUUGGCCAGUCUGAUAGUUCUGGCGGAGCAGCUCAACCUCAAUAGGGUCUUUUCUUAUCGGUACGGUGAGGAUGGUGGCGCCGCUUCCGAUUGCGUGGUGUGUUUGUGCAGGUUAAGGGAUGGCGACCAGGUGCGCAGGCUAGCGUGCCGCCAUGUCUUCCACAAGGAGUGCUUCGAUGGGUGGCUGGAUCACCUCAACUUCAACUGCCCCCUCUGUCGGUCGCCCCUUGUCUCCGACGAGCGCGUGGCCCUCACGCAGCGUCGCGUCGGUGGGGACUUGGUCACCUGGUUCUCUUUGCGAUGAUGGGUAUUGUGCAUGUGAUGUAUGGGGUGCAUGUAUGUGUCCGGCGAUGAUGAUGAUGAUGAUGAUGGUGACGAGAGUAAAAAAAAAAGGUUUUCACUUUUCACUGCCUUUUUUGGUCGUCUUCUCUUUUGUCUAGGAGGGUUGGCAGUAUUGACUCUUGACUUCCUUUUUUUUUUAAUCUUGUUUUUUGAAGGCCUCUUUGAAGGUUCUUUUUUACUGCUGUAAAUUUUAGAAGUUUCUUUGUUUUUGUUUAUUUUUUUAAAUUUUGGGUGUUUAAUAAUGGAGAGGGUUCUUGUGUAUCA